UGUGUGCGGUUGUGUAUGAGUGUUUGUUAGGUGUGUGGAGGUUGUGUGUGUGUGUGUGUGUGUGUGUGUGUGUGUGUGUGUGUGUGUGUGUGUGUGUGUGUGUGUGUGCGCGUGCAGUUUGUGUGCGGUUGUGUAUGAGUGUUUAUUAGGUGUGUGGAGGUUGUGUGUGUGUGUGUGUGUGUGUGUGUGUGUGCGUGUGCGUGUGCGCGUGUGCGUGUGUGUGUGUGUGUGUGCGUGUGCGCGCGCGCAUGCUGAUGGUAAUAAAGAAAGAAAAGUGCCGCACCCUGAACUGCGCGCACAAACUUCACUUCCUGCAUCUCAGGUAACCUGAGACACACACACACACACACACACACUCACACUCACACUCUCUAUCCGAAAAGUGAACUUUUUUAUUUAUUUAUUUUCUUUCCUAACCCCGGAAGUGAUGGGGUGUGAGCACAGGUGAACACACACACAGGCGAGAAGAGUGUCUGCUUUGUUUGGUUUUAUCAGAGACGAACUGUGUGACCUGAAGCUCCAUGCCUCUCACCACUCCAUUACCCAUCAUCCCUUUCACCUAAUUGGCGUGCCAAUCAACACACCACAAACCCCACACCCAGCCAAUCACACACCACCUUCCCUCCUCGAUCCUUGCCUCGCCCGUCCUUGGGAAAGUGAAAUCCAACAUGACCACUGUCACCAUGGCAGCAGUAGCCGCUUCCAAAACAUGCCCCAAUUAUUCAGUCCCGGAUUACUACAACCUGACGGGGAAGGUUAUCUCGGACGAGUUUCGCCCAAAGGAUUAUGCCGUGGUGACUCUGGGACUGACCGUGGCCUGUUUCGUCAUUGCGGCUAACAUUCUGGUCAUGUCAGCCAUCUUUAUAAACCGACGCUUCCAUUACCCCAUCUACUACCUGCUGGGGAACCUGGCGGCAGCUGACCUGUUUGCUGGGAUUGCCUACUUGCACCUGAUGUUCCACACCGGGCCCUGGACUGCUAAACUCACAGUGUACCAGUGGUUCCUCAGACAGGGUCUGAUUGAUACAAGUCUGACUGCAUCAGUCAUCAACCUGAUGGCCAUCGCUCUAGAGAGACACCAGACCAUCUUCACCAUGCAGCUCCACAGUAAGAUGAGCAACAUGCGGGUGAUCCUGCUGAUUGUGGGCAUCUGGGCAAUUGCCGUGCUCAUGGGUCUGAUCCCCAGCAUGGGCUGGAACUGCCUGUGUGACACGGACAACUGCUCCAAGAUGGCGCCCAUGUACAGCCGCAGCUACUUGGUGUUCUGGGCCGUCCUCAACCUGCUGUCCUUCAGCGUCAUGGUGCUGGUCUAUACCCGUAUCUUCCUCUAUGUCCGGCACAAGAGCCAGCGCAUGAGCCAGCAUACAGUGCAGAGCAAACACAAAGAGACUGUGGAGAACCUGAUGAAGACCGUCUUUGUCAUUCUGGGGUGCUUUGUGGUGUGCUGGACUCCGGGUCUGGUGCUGCUGCUGCUGGACGGUGUGAAGUGUAACUGCGGCGUGCUCAAAGUAGAGAAGUUCGUCUUGGUCCUGGCCGAGUUAAAUUCGCUGAUGAACCCCAUCAUCUACUCGUACCGUGACCAGGACAUGCGGCGCACGUUUAAGCGCAUCCUGUGCUGGCUGUGUCUCCGGCGUGGACGGACAGGCCAGCACGCUGAUGUCCGCUUCAACACGCUCAACCAAGAGGUACUGACUGACUCCAACGGAUCCGAAAUCACGCACCACGCCGAGAUCAGGUCCAAGUCAAGACGCUGAAGGGCUAGAAGGCCAGCAGAGUUGGAGGACUCGUGUGUAGCGUGUAAAUUAACCUGUGUUUCAUCCUCGUGUGGGGGUGAAAAUCAGACUUGAUUGAACUUUUGAACAUCUGAUGUAUACAUUCUGUUUUUCAUUGUAAUGUGUUCUCUCUUUUUUGCUGUAGUCCUUUUAACAUGUACACACAUUAAUUUGCUGCUCAUUAUACAUAAACCCGACUUUUAUUAUUAAAAAGGAACGUUAGCUUUAACUUUAUUCCUCAAUAACUGUAAGGAGAAGUCCAGGGUUAGCUGAGAUGAUUAUAGCCAUGUGCAGAUAAUUGUCUUUACAGUUUAGUCGAAGUGAAACAUGAAUCAAUACCAGAAUAUAUGAACUGAUUCAUCCUGCGUUUUGCUGAAUAUUGUGCGUAUCAUCAGCUGUCAGUGCUUUUAACUCCAUUACUACAGUAACAAGCAAUGACGUUAACAUUUAUUUAUAUAUUUAAAUUUAAUUCCCCUUUUCCUUUUUUUUUCCCCGAUUUCCUCCCCGUCAUACGACAGAUACCUAUCGUGUGCUUCCUCCGAGACACGUGAAGCCAGCCGUAUCAUUUCUGCUCAUGCUGCGUCACGGUGCGGCGUAACACACUCGGAGGAAAGCGCUAUCCGCCCUCUUCCACAUACAUGAGCUCAGAGACCCCCGUGAUUGGCUAGUGUAGUUGUGAUUGACAGGAGAGAGAGUAUGCCCCUCCCACACAGGUUGCUCUGUUGGACUUCCGGUCAUGGAUGGCUGUGGCUUCGUUGAGAUUCAAACUCACAAUCUUCUCGCUAAUUUAAACUAAUGUAAACUUUUGAAUGGUCAAGAUACACAACAUAUAUCGUAAAAAUAUCUUUGAGUGUCGCGACAUUGCCUGAGCGAUCCCAUAAUAAUGUUGCGAUGAACAAGAUGUUUGCUAUGCAGUCGUUUUCACACUACAGUAUCGUGAUAAGAUCAUAAACUCUGAUGAAGGGUCAAUAUUUCAUUCAUGAUGACUCGAGUCCCCAUAAUGUAGGUAUUUGUUCAGGUCCUUAUAAACAAAUAAAAAUAAAAACACACAAAUCUCCUGUUGUUAAACUGUCAGAAUUUUUCACUCGUAUAUACAUUUUUCUUUUCGGCCGAAAGUUAACACAACAUUCCUGAACAUUCCUGCAGCUCGUUAUUAUUAAUAAAUGCUAAAUAAUCUCAAGCUGACAGGUGUGUUAACUUUUGGUUGUUUUUAAUUUUUUUUUACACGCUAUUGUAGAGUACUGUGACAAUAUCGUAUUUUUUAACAAUGUUUUAGAUUUUCUGUCAUUUUUUUUUGCAUAAUAUUAUUGCAAUAUUAUAUACGAGAGCCACUUUGUUUAAACUUUCGUGUUCUGAUUUAUGGAAUUUCCUCGAACCUUCAUAUCAGAAACGCCAAAAAAUAUCACAAUAUGUUGUAGAACCGAUUAUCAGCACAUGGCUAUGAUGUGAAUGUAGAGGGGAUGUUAGAGGGUUGUUGUGUGUGUGUGUGUGUGUGUGUGUGUGUGUGUGUGUGUGUAUACAGCUAACUGACCCUUAGCAUGUUGUUACCAUAGCAAUAUGUUGUUACCAUACCCCCCCCCCAAGGUUUUCUGGUUAUGGUGAACAGAUGCGCAUCGGAUUUGUGUGUGUGUGUGUGUGUGUGUGUGUGUGUGUGUGUACUACGUUUGUCGCACCGAGGUUGGACAUGUGUGUACAAUAAUCACUUAAAUAUUUACAGAUCCCUCCUUCAGUGUGUGGAUGGAAACAUUUUUAGUGUCACACGCAAGCAUUGCAUGGCGCACACACACGCGCACACACACACACACACACACACACACACACACACACACACACACACACUUAGCUCAUGCGCCAACAACAGCUUUCGUUUGAUAUUUUACAUCGUUUCCUGUCCUGUGAGGAAGUGAGCUUGUUGCCUUUGGGAUGGUUGGCUUGUAAACAGGUUCCUUAUAAAUGAACUACAUACACAGAUACACACACACACACACACACACGUUUACACACCAGCGCCGCUGCACUACAGGUCAAAGGUCACUAUAGACACUGUACCAUAUUGCUGUUGUACUUCCUGCAUCAGCUUUUUGUCUUCCUGUCUGUGUGCUUAAGAACGGAUGUUUAGUUAUUUCUGUGUGUGUGUGUGUGUGUGUGUGUGUGUGUGUGUGUGUGUGUGUGUGUGUGUUAGCAAUCCCCGUCCUCAGUGUGUCCUCCAGAGCAGCCAUUUUCUCAUGUACAAAGCUACAUUACUAAUGCGUUAUAAUUUUACUUCUUUGCUGUUUAUUUUUUGUUUGUUUUUUGUCUAGGUUUUAUUGGAUUAUUUUUGUAUUCUGAUGGAUUUUCUGCUCCAGAGGAUUUUUUUAAUCAGAAAUAAACUCACUGGAACAAGCUGCUUCUCGCUGUCUCUUUGCUUCCUGCUUGUUAGCGGCGGAGCGUUUGGAGAUCGGAGAUCGUUUGAUGUUGUCUGUCUCCGGAAGCUUCGCCGUGUCUCAGUCCCGCUGCUGGUUUUAACGUGCCCUCGUCCACUUCCCCUCGCUUAGAAAACACUUCUAAAAAGUCUGCUUUGAUCAGAUUCACACUCGACAGUAAUGUAAACGUUAUCCAGAACUUUACCCAGAAGGCUUUGCUCCAAUCUGACAGUUUCCUUUUCAAAAUGGCUGACAAAUAUUUCUAUAAUUAUAAACAACAACAUUCCUAAAAUACAGCAUUUCGGUUUCGUUCCUCCUGAUGGAACUGCGCUACUUAACACAACUAGCUAAGUUUUCCAACCUGCUAGUUUAAUGCCAGUUACUACAAACUGGUAACUGGUUACAAUUAUUACAAUUACUACUUAACAGACUUAUUUCAUUUAUAUUUAUAAACUCUAAUGCUUACACAGUGUCUAAUGGUGCUGUUGCAUUACUUGAGUAAUGAAUGAACUCGCUAGAUAGCUAAUUAUGAUGCUAGUAAAAAAAAAAAAAGCAAACCAGCAAACAGUGAACUUUUUUCUGCUAGUUAGCAAGUCUGUAUUAAAUUAAAAUUCUGAUGAAGCCAUUAGUUUGUGAGUUUGCAAAUCCUAGUCGUUAGAUUAGAUAGAUACUUGCUAGCUAGCUAGCUUGAUUAACAAACUUGUAUUUUAAAUUACAGCUAGUUAGCAAGCCAGCUAGUUAGCGAGAUGAUAUGACUGUACGGAGUGUGUAAAUCUGCGAGGAAAUGGCGUGUUUUUGGUGAGCGGUUUGUUGACGAGGGCAGUUUGGAAACAGUAUUGGAACUGUGUUUGUAGAAGUUAGCACUUUUAUGCUGAUGUAAAUACACCUCUUUAUAAAAACAAAUACUAACCAGAAUAACACACAGUUAUAUUUUAAAUCUUUCUUUUACGAGAAAAAACUUCAGCAUAAAAGAGCAACUCUGACUCAGUGCUAUGAGUGAAAAUAAAAGAGAAACUACAGAUGCUUUGUAUUGUUUGGAUUUGAGUAAUGCAGAUUAAUGUUUGAUCAUCCAGGUGUGAUGAAAGUUACUGUUGAUUAUUUUCCUAAAACGAGAGUCUCUGAGAUUUCUAUUCCUCUUAUACCACAGCUUCAUGUUACAGAGAAACCGCAAAGAAGCGUAAACUCCGAUGUGCUGAAGACUAAAUAACUUUAAAUAACUUUCACUAAAUAACACCAUUUUAAAAAUCUCUUUAUUAGACAUUUGCUUAGGAGAGAAUCUGCGUUACUCAAAUAUUGUGUGUGUUUGUGCUUUUUGUGUUUUGCUCUGUGGGGUCAAGCUGUACAACAUUAAAAGCUUUUAAAAACAUGCAGCGUGUCUGUGUUUGAGUAAUGACUAUUUAUGUACUUAUCUGUGCAUCAUUUGCAAGAAGAAAUGCUCGUGGGUUUGGAUUUGAAUGUCGGAAAAUCCAGUGUGUGUUACUCAAAUGCUGUGUGUGCGCUUCUGCUUUGCGACUCCACCUGGUCCUCAUUAUAUAAAAAUAAGCUGAGGGGCAGUUUCCUGUAAAUAACUGGGAAGAUAAAAGCUGUGGGUAAAGUAAAAAGAAUUUCUUUUAAAUUCUGAUUUAAAGCGUGCAAAUGUCACAAAGCUGCAUGUCGCUGAAAUUAGCGAUCGACAGGAUGGUGGACGAAAAGCGACAAAAAAACCAAGUGUGAUUAAAACAAAAGUCAUAUAUACAGUACAUACAUUCUAUCUAUCUGUCUAUCUAUUUAUCUAUCUAUUAGUCCUGUGCAAAAGUCUUUUUUUUAGUACAAACUUUGUUAUAGAUGUUUAUUUUCUGACUUCUACAUUAUUGAUUCAGUACAAAACCAUUUUAGAUUCCAAACAUUAGUUUUCCAGCACAAAAUGAAACGUUACAGAAAAAUGUUUGUAUGUCAGUAAAGAAAGCAGCAGAUUCCAUAAGAGACACUUUUCAGAUAAAAACAUAAUGAAGGCUGCUGGGUUUCGCUGCAGAAAUAAGAAGCGAGUCGACAGUCAAAGUCUCCAGAAGAACUGUGGCUGCUUCUGCAAGAUGCUCAGUAACACUUCCAGCUCAUUUCCUUAUAAAA